UGAACUGUUACAAAUGUAAAAUGUUUCAGCAUUUAACCUUGCAAGAUUCUAUACCUGGUAAAUAUUUAUUUAAGUUUCAAAGUAGUUAGAAAAUAAAAUAUCGCAAUGAAUAUUCAUCUCAUAGUUGCCUCUGUAAUAUUGGGGAUAAUCUUAGCGGAAGACGAAUGCGUUGUCUGUGAUUGGAAAAAUGAUGUUCAUUGUGGAAAAGCAGCCAAUGAUUCUUGCGUAUUCACUGCUCUAAAUAAGUGCCAAGUUGAACGCAUUUCAUGCCGUCGAGAGCAAAAAGGAUUGCCAGCUUUCACGGAAAUUAUUAAAGGAAGGUGCCCAACAGACAAACCGAAGUGCAAAAAGCCCUAAAAUAAGUUUCCUUACCUUUAUCCCUCAUGUCCUUGAUAGAUAACGCAUCGAUCUUUAAUAUAAAGAUUUUUUAGUAUGCUUGCUAAAUUUUUGUUAUUAAAAACGUGAACAAUUCAUUACUGUUUUCGAUUGCCUAAUUUUCAAUAAUAAAUAUUGGUUGUAAUGACAUUCUUAAAAAUGUAUAAUUUAUGCACUUAUAACCGAUAA